AUGUUAACAUCGAGUUCACCAACGUUAAGUCGUAGUUUACGUCAUAUUGUAAGGCGGCAAUCAGAUGUAAUGUCAUGUCAUGUCAUUGACGGCUUUACAUGUGUAUGUCGUCAAACUAAAGUAACAUGUUCUACAUCACAACCACUUCAACAAAUAACAAUAAAUCCAAAUGAACAGCAUAAAUAUUCAGCUGUUGAAUUAGUUAUCGGUAGUGAUUCGGCAACCAUUUAUGGACAAACAUUCGCACCCAUUAAAGAACUUUAUUCCCCAACAGCACGACAUAUCGAUUUUAGAAUAAAAUUUGAAAAUUUUACACAUUUACGUUUAGCUGAGCCAAGUUUAUUUAAUCGUGUUUUUCCCGACCAAACACAGAUACAUAAAACAAUGGCAUAUGAAAUCUACAAUCAAAAUGCACGACCAGAAGAUAAUGUCAAUUUAUUUCGUAAUUUAGAUGUUGAUUCAUUAGAAGUCUAUAGCUUAUAUGCGUUUCGUGGUACAUUUCAAGAAUUAUUCGAUGGUUCAAAUAUAAAAUCUUUACGAAUUAGUGGUGGAGAACUUAAAAGUGAUUUAAAUCAACCAUUUACCGGAAAUGUUGGUCGACUAGAAGUAGCCAAACAAGCUAGUUCUAUUGAUACUACAAAUUUUCCAUUGUAUCCAGCACAUGAAGUUAUAUUAAAUGCAUAUUAUGUAGCAAAAUUUGAUUCGCCAAAUCCACCAAAUUAUGAUAAUGUAGCAGAAUUGAGAGUCUUUUCGAAUGAACCAAUACCAGCUGAUGCAUUCAAAGAUUAUCCAAAUAUCAAUACAUUAUCCGUACAAGCAAAAGAAAUUGAUCCAAAUGCAUUUAAUGGUUUAAAUAAAUUGGAAAAAAUUAUAAUUAAAGAUGCAUCACCAAAUCCAGCAUUAUUACAAAAUAUACCAACAUUAAAAGAAAUUGAAAUUAGUGGAUUGGAAGAUUUAGGCGCAGAUUUACAAUGUGAAUAUGCACAACGUUUAUCACAAGGACGACUAGCCGUACAAGCAACACCAAAUGGACCUGCAUGUACAUGUGUUAUUGCUUAUUUACAAUCUGCAACGAAUCAAGUGCCAUGUAUACUAAAUGAAAAUUGUGCACAAUCUUCAUGUCAAACUAUUCGUGAUAAUUUUGAUACCAAUACCAAUACAUUCAAGAAACCGCCGGAAAUUCGACGUGCCGAUGGCACAAAUGCAUUAGAACAUCGUUCACCGAAAGUUUAUACACAAGCAUACCAACCAAAUCCAAAUGAUGUCAGAAAAUAUCAGACGGCUGUACAGCAGGAGCCCUUGCAAGAUCCUAAUCAAUCUUUUGGCGAACCUCGCUCUCCAAUUUCGUAUGAUCCUGAAGUAGGUGGAGGAGCGGAUCCACAACCACGACCCACAAAUCAACCUAACAUCUAUGCUGAUGAAACAUUAACAUCAAAAACCAGAAGAAGAAAGACUAAAACAUCUACAACUCCAACUGUACCAUUGUCUAAUGAUCAAGGGGGUCAGGGUCAAGAGCCUUCUGCUGAAAAUCCAUCAGACCAAGGACCUUUUGGACAACCUAGCGGAGAACGACAACCACACCAUGAAAUACAUCCGAUACCAUCAAUUAGUGCUGACGAUACAUUAAGUACAACGUUACCAGUUGAUCAAAACAAUGAUCAACAAGGAGCAGGAGAACCGGGUCCGUCUGGGCAUGAUCACAAGGCCGGAGUCACCAGUGCAGUUGGCACUAAUGAAGCAUCAACACCAUUACCAAAAAAGAGAAUGAAUUGGAUGUUAAUUAUUAUCAUUGCUGCAGGUGCACUUGUUGCCGUUAUAGCUCUGAUAUUAUUAAUAGUUUUUCUUCGACGCCGUUCCCCUCCAAAAUAUUCAGCAACACCAACAACAGACACUCCACAACGUGCGGUUAAAACGUGA